AUGGGUGGUGGUGAUCUGAACUUGAAGAAAUCAUGGCAUCCGCACACGAUGAAAAACCAGGAGCGGGUUUGGAAAGCAGAGGAGCAGGCCAAGAUGGAAGAGAGGAAGUUACAAGACCUACGGAAGGAAAUCCACGAGGAGCGGGAUCGGGAAGAUCUUAGGCGCCUGGGCGAGAGUUCUGGUGUGCUGGCCAGCAGUGGAGGAGCCGCCGGCGAGGCAAAGCUAGAAUGGAUGUAUAAAAACAGCACGGAGCUAAUCAACCGUGAAGAGUACCUGCUCGGCCGCAAGAUCGACAAAUCCUUUGAGACGCUGCAAGCCGAGGAGCGGCGGCAGGAACACGGCACUGUGGGCCUCAAACAGUCCAUCAAUCAUGUCGAGCACGACUGUGUUCCUUUCUCCAUACGGGCGUACCGCAACCUGCAAUCCACAGAGCAAGUAGACAUGCAGCGCAAGACUAUGGAGGACCCACUGAUGCUCAUCAAGCAGCGCGAAAUGGAAUCGCGACGAAAGCUUCUGGAGAAUCCAGUCAAAUUGAAGGAAAUCCAUCGUAUUCUUAAGACUGAGCAAGAUCUGAAAGCCGCUAAGGAAAAGAAAUCCAAAAAGAGUAAAAAAUCAAAAAAGAAGAAACAUAGCAAGAGGUCCAGCAACGAAUCGAGCAGCAGCGAAAGCGACGAGGACUUGGACAGAAAGCUGGCACGUCAAGUCAGCAAGCUGAAGGGAGACGCUGGAAAUGAGGACUUGAAACUAGACAAGCUAUUGGACGCAAAGUAUCGGACCAUAUCCAAGCAGUUGGACAUUGCAUCCAAGAGGAAGAAGAGCAAAAAGUCGAGACGCAAAAGCAGCGACAGUAGCAACGAAAGCAGCACCGAUGAGAGGGCACGAAGAAGAGAGUCAGAGCACAGGAGAAGAGAUGACCGCAAUGGAAGCUCAAGGCUCAGGGAAAACCGCAGAGGCAACAGUCCAGAGGAACCGAGAGCAAAUCGUGGUGGCAGCAGCAGCCACAGCUCGCGACGACAGCAUCAGACAGAACGUCGAAGAAGCCCGGAAAGAGGGCCUCCACGUAGGGAACGAGAUCAAAGAGACCGCAGCAGAGGACGCUCAGAUCACAGCAGGAAUCACACAGGUCGAAGAGAUCGCAGCACGGAUCACACAGGUCGAAGAGAACGCAGCAGGGACCGAAGUCCAAUCCGUCGCCGCCACAGCCCCAGCCCGCCGCCGAAACGACCGUCACCCCCUAAGCGCAACGUCGGCAAGCCCAAGCUGAGCGAAGCCGACCGCGAGGCUCGUCUGCGAGAGAUGAUGGACAACGCCACAUGGCGAGAGGCCGACCGCACCCAAGCCGUGCGGAAGCACCGCGAGGCAUAUGCCCGGGAAGAAGCGCAGAACAGGGAGCGUGACUUUGACAAGGAGUUCAUCAACAAGGAGGUGAAGAAGGCCAUUUCUAAUCACAACUCGAUUGGCGAUCGCAUACGGGCCAAUCUCAACAACAUACAGCGCACCUCCUCCGCCAUGGAUACGAACUUUGCACGAAAGUAGAAGCCACGGCCGUAAGCUAAAUAGUAUUCCUUUAUUUCAUGUGCAUUUAGUUCUGCAACAAAAUGAUUCAACUUUGUGUCUGUGGGGCUUACAAGAUAAACGACGCGAUUAACAUACAUA